CUUUGCUUCUGUGCUUGUCUUGGUUGUCUCAGAUUUCUUGAACGCGCGCAAAAACCGAGGCAAAAUGGCUGGCGAGGACGACGGCGCGGCUGGCCAACCGGGCGACCCGGCGUCUGCAGCGGGCUUCAAGUACCUGACUGCGCACCAGCUGCAGGCGCUGCGGCGGUCGUCUGGGCGCGAGAAUGCACGCAGCGUUGCCGAUCUCACCGAGGAGGGCGAGUUGCGCGAGCACAAGGCCAAGGCCGCCGCGCGCCAGCUGCGACGAUGCCUGCAGCUCCUCAAGCACGGCCAGAAGGACGACGAGAAGGUCGUUGGACUGUUAUUCCUCACCAAGCUCCUGCGGGCCAAAGACCAUGCUCUCAUUCUCCAGGUGCACGAUGCCCUUGGAUUUGCAUUUCUCGAUCGUUUGCUGAUGACGGGCAAAGAACCUUUGCCAGGUCAGCGAGUACCGAGUGCAAUGCAUUCGCCAUCGGCGGGACUCACACCUGGGGACGCAUCUCGAUCGCCAAUCACCGCCAGGCAGGCAGGACUGACACUGUCGCCCCGGUACCUCUCCGGUCGACCCACGUCUCCUCUGCUCAUCCCGUCGUCAUCUCCAGUGGACUCCAGCAGCGUCGAGUCCAGUGCACCGCCAUCUCCAAGCGACAUGAGCGACCAUCCGUAUCGAAAAACCAACUUUGCCGUCGAUGACGAUGAGCCUCCAGUAUCGACGACCUUUGCCCCGGCUGUCUAUCACAAACUAGCCUUGACCAUAUACGCGUCAUUUUCCACCCUGGAUGAGCUUGCUUCGGAUCCAGAAAUGCUUGCCAAGAUUCCCCUGUUUCUCGAAAUCAUCCGAAUUGGAGCCUCGGAGCAGUGGGUUUGUGACGCUGCCACUUGCAUUGUCAACAUCGCUGCCAGUAGCGACCGGUUGCUGCAUGUCGCUGCGCAUGGUGGUAUUCCGCUGAUAUUGGAUGCAAUUGCACGAAAUCAAUUUGCCAUGGGGCUGCUUCUCCCCCUGAUUGAUCGCUUUUCGCGCAAAGUGCCGUCGUUGCUCCUCGCCUACUGUCAGACUGAGAUGGUCCGUGCGCUCUCUUCCCUGGCCAAGCGUCUUCGGUCGCCGCUCGAACCAUUGCGAAUGCCAAUCUGCCACACGAUAGCACAGCUGCUGACGCUGGCAACCCACCCCGAGGUGGUUUUAACAGAGAACGAGUUUGAGAAUAUGCCUCGCGCCGCACAGGUCAACCCGGCCUUCCGCGGGCACGAGUCUCCCUCCCCGUAUGGCCUGACACCAAGUGGUUCGACCUCGUCCAACCCACCAGCCUCCACACACACCGUCACAUUCGCCUCUCUUGCAAGUUUGGACGAAGGCGAGCCUCCUCGACAACCUGUCGCCCCGCUGCUCGAAACCCCGGCCCCGGCUGCUGCAGCAGAAGUACCAGUCGUAGCCGUCGCAGCAGCCGUUGCAGAUGGUGUGACCACUCUUACGGACACGGCUGCCUCUUCCAGCGGGCAUUCCACCCCUGGCACGUUGCUUCCGCCAUCCCAGCAAUCGAUGGAUUCAACUUCCCCCGAGUUGUCGCCAACCCGCGCGCGCAGUCCCACGGUGUCAAGCCCCAGCUUUGGCUCAGUAGCCAUGCGUCGCUCAUUCUCUCGCAGCAUGUCUGAGCAGCGGAGCGAUACUGGUCGUUCAAGCCCAGCAUCCACGACGGACACUGAGGGGUCAUCAACGCAAAGUUCUCAACCAAACCCACCCAGCACACUAUCGCUGGCCGACAGAGGCCCCUCAAGUGACGUGCCUGUGCCACAGGAGGCCAUCCAGGCUGUAGCGGCAGAUGGCGCUAGUAGCAACACUGUUGUUCAUGUCCCGUCCGCCGAAGCAUCGGCAUCGGCACCCUUGUUGCGCAGUAUUAACGAUUCCAACAACAAGGCAAACAACGCAGUCGAAUCUACACCAUCCGCAUCUGACCCAUUGUCACGGAACGACUCGAUCACUGCAAGCAACGCGCAGGAGUCGAAACCACCGCCAACUUCCGACUCGAACAAUGCACGUCUUCCGUCAGCAACCCCAACCCCAGUCGUCGCCAAAUCUGAUACAGGCAGCACCCCAUCAGACGCGCCAGACGCGCCAGACGCGCCAGACACACCAGUCACCCACGCCGACAGUGCCUCCAGCGCAAUAGCAGUUGGGGAAAUUUUGGGCAUGAUCGCUCGGCGACCGGCUCCACUCACACGUGCUCGAUCUGACCAGGCGCUUCUCGCAUCCAACGAGCUAGAUCUUGCUCGGGUCAAUCGCCAUCGCCGUGUCUCGAUUGCCGCCCAACAGACUACCGUCUCUGCACCAGAUGGCUCGCCGGCCGAUGGAAGCAGCGCUCACAGUGGCGAGUCGCACACUCCUCCGACGCCCGGUCCGCCAUCUGGUGGGUUAUCUGCAAGCCAUAGCCACGGUAGCAACACUUCAUUAUCAAGCCAGACAAAUUCCACAGAUGGGAGCCAUGCAGGUGGACCUACCACACCUGGCGGAGGUCCUUCUUCGGCGGCUCCGGCGCACUUGCGACGCGGUGCUUCUGGCAUAUUCCAUCGCAGAAAGUCAUCCUCUGCCUCGUUUGAUGAAAUAGCCUCGCGUCGCUCUGCCUUCGCUGCCAAUCCCUUGAAGCUGUUCAAGCGUCAAAGCAGCGUCAGCUCGGACACAAUUGCGGAAGUCGUGCUCGCACUCGAAGCCGCAGAAGCCCAGGAAGAGUCUGGAAACGCUGCUGGUCGGCGUGCCUUUUCCCGUUCUCAGUCAGUGUCAUCGCGCGGUCUGGCACGAAGUACCAGUGCAACGCGCGACAUGUCGUCGCCAUUUUCCGCCAGCUCCACUGCCAGCUCGGUUGCCAUGCCGGGCUCUGUGCCCACGACACCAGGAGGGGGCACCUUACGCCGCCGAGGAAGCAUUCCGAGCUCAGUGGCGUCCGCCAAAGCCGAGGCAGGCGCGACCCUCUUCCGCGACCUUUUGAUGGACUCUGACCAGGCGAAUUUGCGCUUUGAGCUGCAAGCGGGUCUGGCGUACACCAUUCUUGUUGCAGCGUCGGCCGCUACGUCUUCUGCCCAAGCUUCUGUGCUGCUCUCUGUGGCACCGACCGAUUUGCGCCUGGCCGUGCUGGGCGUUGUGCACCAGCUUCUCGAGCUGUUUGGCGUUGAGCGCCUCAUGGAUGCUUGGUUCCAGGGUGUGCGUCUCACCCUUGGCGGGCACCGCAUUGUCGCCAGCCUGUCAAGGGCAGCAAAGGCAACAGCUACCGGUCCGGUGGCGCGGGGCUCGGGUGCAGUCACCCCUGGAACGCCUAGCACGACCGCCACAGCCGCGCCUGGGUCAACCUCGUCUCCGCCUGGACCCCAUACUAGCUCGGUGGGAAACGCGCGUCGUAACAUCCUCGCACAGCGCCGCCUGACCUUGUCCACAGCCGACAGCGCAGCCGCCGCUGCAGCAGCUGCGGCAUCUGCGGCCGCUGCGGCCUCCGCCGCUGGGCUCCAAAGUGCCAUCACCCUGGCCCAUGUUUUCGAGUCGCCUUUCCUGGUUGUGGCGAUGCGCACAGCCAAAGACGAAGUGAUGCAAAUUGUCGAUUCGGACUUUGCCGACAUCAACGUCACGUCGACAAACCUGCUUGCAGUGUGCUUUGCGAUCGCAGAGCACAGCAUGACCUUCUCGCGCGAUUAUGGCGAUCUCGAUCACGACGCCGAAGCCGAGACGACAGGUGGGUAUCGACCCCGCGUUGACUUUGAGCAGCUCAUGCAAGAGAUGGACGAGAAUGCCGCUUCCGACGAUGCCGCGUCUUCUGCUGCCAGUUCUGCGUUUACUCGCUUCUCGCCCGAGAAGCAAGGUGUUGGCAGGCAACAAAACUACGACUCGCAGUCGACCAGCGUGGCCUCAACGCCAUACAGGUCGCUUGCCGCCUCUCGAGAGAACAUUUUCACCUUCAACCGCCGUCCGUCGCUCUCCAUGGCCCACUUUCCAUUGAAUGACAUCCAUGACAACGAGUUUCGCAAAACGGUGGCCGGAAGUGCGGCCCAGCUGUUAGACUCUGUGCAGCUCAUGGUUCGCAGCGUUGUUCGAUUUGUCCGAGAAAUUGAAAACGCCGAGUCCACCCAAUCUUCGCUGUAUGAACCCGUGGCGCUGUCGUGCCUGCGCUUGUUGGCACUUUGGCUAUCCGACGAAGGCUAUGCUGCACAAAUCGAUGCACACACUGUCUUUAGUUUCUUCUUGUCCUUUUUAGCGCGCCGCCGACGCUCAGACGAGCCCGUGACGGAGGACCCUUUCACCCUUCUCCUUCCUGGUCUCACCCACCUCGUGUCCCAGAGUCUGGUGCGCACCUAUCUUGUCAAGCACCGACUUGUGCAGCUGACAGCCUCCUUCUUGGCUCGAUGCGUUGCUGCUAUUCGGAUUACGCUGCCAAGGAAGGAAACACUCCAAUCCAAAAGCCAGACAAACCACCCGCCCGCCAGAGUUCCUCUGUUGCGGUCGCGCUCGUGGUCGGCACCACAACAUCCCGCCAGCCCUGUGCCAGAUGCAAAGAAUCGUGAUGCAGCCUCUUCUACUGAAAGUGCAUCCGACUGGGUUGCCGCCAGUGUUGCCGUGCUGGGCAUCCCCAUUGAGGACAUUGAAGUUCAUACCAACCGUGCCAUGCAAGUUCUGACCAGCAUUCUUGAACUCGACGCCAAGCUUGCAAGGCUCAACAUUGGCGAGUUCCUUUCCUCCUGGCCGAUCCUGGCUUGGGUGAUACAAAACGUUGACUUUGAGUUGCAUCCCAAGUUGAUGCUGCAUGCUGCCGUUCUCAACUUGUCCAUCUACUGCCGCGCAUCUCGAGAGUCAGAACACCCUGGUUUGUCGCAGCCCCGCUCAGUGGUGGACUUGUGUUUGCGAUGCAUGUGCAAGGCUUUUGCCUUCUACGGAUUGGCGAGGACAGAUGACACCUGGGAGGACCUUGUUGACGCCUGGACUUCGGGACUCAAAGCUCUAGAUGAAAUACUCCACAAUCCCAAUACUCGGCUGUUGGUUUCACUACUCGAUUCUGGAGACUUUUGCGAGCAGUUGCUUCGCUGGCAUCGAGCCCGCGCUUCUUUGGCCAACGAGCGACCAGCCACCCACGAAUUGCUGGAUCGAGUUAUUCGAACGUUCGCCGAGCAAAGCAAUCGCUUCAAGACCGAAGCCCGAUUGCGCCUCGCACUUCUCGGUGUGAAAGUUGCUGCGUUUAAUUGAUUCUUGUGCUUUGGUGUGUGUGUUGGUGACAUCAAGUGACUUUGAAUUAGAUUUCAGAAUUCAUCAACAGCCACGCAUUUCGU